AUGGUUGGUCUUAUACUCAAAACUCAAUCCCAGCUAUCGAAACUUUCGUUCCCUUCAACGACUUUGCACGACAAGCUACUCAAAGGAAAUCUAGACAAGCUGGAAGAUUUGACACUUCUACAACAAGAAGCAGAUCGCCAUGCCGAUGCCAAAUGUUUGGCUUUCACUCCCGUUCUCCGAAGACUCGCAAUCAAACCCAAGGCUCAAGAUGCACAUAACGGAAGACCCUACUCCUGGAGUAUGCCAAAACUGGAAGUGCUCUUGGAUCUACGCAAUAUCGAGAUCCACUCUGCUUUUAUCGAAAAGCAAGAGGAUUGCUUCGGCGGUAUGACCAACCUGAGUAGCCUACAAAGUCUGCUUCUGAGUAACUGUUCGGAUAUGCCGCGCACCGUACAGUGCCUCGCCGAUGAGUUUUUCAAAUGCGACAAGCCCGCACUCAACUCAGUCAUCUUCCGACAAUUGAACGGUCUGGAAGGAGGGAAGCCAUUCAACACCGAAAUCGAACACUUUCUUGAAGCCGUUCCGACACUCGAGACUCUCUGCAUCACCACAAUCAAGGCCAUACGCCCGUCUAUUGGUAGCAUCUGCCGCCACGGAGAAUCUCUGCGCUACCUGCACAUUGAUCACUUCCCCAAUCUUUACGAGUACAGAGGUCUCUAUACGGGAAAUGUCGAACGGUAUACGCCUCAAGAGCUUGAGAGGCUCGUGGCAAGUUGUCCGCGCAUUGAAGCGCUCAGUCUUAAUCUUGUUGAUUGGGACCUUGGAGACUAUACUGCAUAUGACACUUUCAAUGUGCACGAUACCGGACGAGGUUUACAGGAGGAUGUGAAAGUUUCCGAUCUCUUACUACCUCUCACCCAACUACGCAACCUCCGCAAUCUCCGUAUUACCCAUCCUUUGUUUCAAGCACAAAAUGAGGAGCAGGAGGAGACAUAUGACUACAUCAUCCACAGACAUCAACUCCGCUAUCAACAAGUAGCCAAUGUCAUCAUGGAGUUUUUUGCAGACCACGAAUCGCCCAUCGAGCUUCUUGCCUUUGGUCCGGGCUACUGGCCAGAAGAUACAUACUCGUCGGCGGGCUGGAUGGACAUGAAUGGGCAUUCAUUUCCCGACUUCUCCUACCGUCGCGGAAUAGUGACAGUAGCAAUGCGCGGAGGAAAGCAGAUUUCGCGCGCUGUUGCCGUUCCCAUGCUAGAACAAGGCCAACAUGAGGCUAUGCUUUUCUGGAAGUAA